AUGCCUGCUAAACAGCCAACUCUGCUCGAUUGGCCUAUAGAAGUUGAGAAUCACGUUCUGGAAAAGCUUGAAAUUGAGGAAUUAAUGGCCUGCCGAAAAGUUUGUCAAAGUUUACGGACCGCUGUUAAUAAACGCGGUGCUAACUUCAACAAACUCUCAGUUGGGUUGUGGAGGGACCGCAUUGUGAUAGAUCUUGACGGAUCACAAAUCACCUACUCUAAAUCAUCUCUUGGUGAAUCAUAUGUAUAUUGCGACUUUCCGCGAUGGGAAAAUAAAUUUUUAAGAGAAGAAAACUAUUUGAACAUAGCUUUUAAUGACUUGAAAAUACUUCUGAUGCAUGCAUCUAGUCUAAUGAUUAUAGUCACUUCGAACGACCAAGCUAGAGAACACACUGUCAGAUCUCUUGUAGACGUCUUGCAAGAGGAAGGGAAUAUCCACAUGGAAACUAUACGUCUGCAUCGUGACUUAUCAAUUGACGAUAUGUUAUUAAUCCUUCCAUUAUUCAAUAGUCAAACAUUGAGAAGUAUUGAAUUUGGAGGAAUGUUUCCAGAUCCCGAAUUUGAGAGCAUAACUCAUUUGGAUCAAUAGAAAAAAGCAAAGUACCUCCAAUUUCGGGAUACCUGGUCUAAAUGUCCACAUAUCGAAUAUUUGUUGCAUUUUGAAGUGUUUAGUUUUAGGACUGAAGGUUUCCCAAUACAAAAUGUGAUUAAAAUUCGAGAUGAUCUGCUGCAAAGAUGUACAUUCCAGGAGGGCACAAUUUACGUUCUAAAAGAAAAUUUCAAGCCUGUCGAAUUUGCAAGAGUAUUUCAACCGGACUAUGCUGGUGGCGAUGAGUUCACCCUGGAGUAUUCAAACGACAAUUCCAAAUUUGGAAUAAAUUUUGGAGAUUCUUCCUUUCGUGAAGGCAUUUGGAAGUUUGAAAUCAAAAGAUGCAGACUAAUUUUGUUAUGUAUUAUUUUCUAA